AUGCCUCAAUUAGGUAGCACCAGCCUCCUCUUAGGGCUGGUACUCCUCAUUCUGCACGCUCCGGGAGUACACAAUGGAUUCGCUUGCCUAAGCAAUCCUUGCAUCCACGGAGUUUGUUUGGACGACUUGAAUUCCACCUACUUUUGCUACUGCAUCGACGGAUUCACCGGAUUACAAUGCCAAACGAACUGGAACGAUUGUUGGUCGUCGCCAUGUCGGAAUGGCGGAGCUUGUGUUGACGGGAUAGCUAGUUUCAAUUGUACUUGUCCUCCUGGAUUCGUUGGUGACAUUUGUGAAGAAGACUUCAACGAAUGUGAAAGUAAUCCCUGUUGGAACAACGGAACAUGCGUUGAUGGUCCUAAUGGUUAUAAUUGCCGCUGCCUUCCUGGAUAUUCUGGAAUUCAUUGCGAAAUAGACAUAGCGGUUUGUAAUACAACCGAAGAAGCUAGAUGUCAAAAUGGUGGAGUUUGUGAAGAAGGUCCUGGCGAUACAUUUUCGUGUAGAUGUCGGCCUGGUUGGGAAGGUUUCCUUUGCGCCAUUGAAACGGACGAAUGUAUGUCAGCUCCAUGCCAAAACGGUGCUGUAUGCAUUGAUCUACACGCUAGCUACGAAUGCGCCUGCCUUUUUGGAUACACUGGAAGAAACUGUGAGGAAGUUAUCAAGAUAUGUGACAAAAACCCUUGUAAAAAUGGUGCUUUGUGCUUGAUAGAAGAUAAUCUACCAAAUUGCUAUUGUGUUCCAGACUUUCACGGAGAAUUAUGCCAGUUGCAGUACGAUGAAUGUUUACUUGGACCAAAAUGUCUAAAUGGCGGUACCUGCAUCGAUGGUAUAGACAAUUUUACAUGUUCCUGUCCACCAGUUUUAACAGGAGUAUUCUGCGAAUGCCUUAAGCUGCCUGAUAAUCAACUAGAUUGUAAUUACAUAUUACCCAGUACUACGACUGAAUAUUUUCAAAACGUAACAGAGACUGAAAGUACUCUAACAACAUUUUUCACUUCAGAAAAAUCGUCUCCUGAACCAACAACAUCAACAUCUACCCAAGUGCCAACUCAAAGAACUGAAUCUACAACAGUUCCUUAUUGUAUUACCGAGGCUUCAACAACUAAAUCUCCUACUUCUGUAAUUACAACUCAUAGCACAACAACCAUGGUAACAGAGCCUUCUACAACUGAGGAAACUGCAUUUACAACUUUAAUAACAUCAGAACUGUUUUCAACCGACGAAACAACUACAGUUAGUGAUUUUUCAACAACAUUUACCACUUCUGGAAGGGAAAGUAGGACUGAUAAUGCUACCGAAUCAACCAAAACAUCUACUGAGGCUACCACUUCAAUAUCAACUACAACUGAAACUUCUAGCAUUACAACAUUAUCAACGACAAAUGAAGAAUCUACAAUAUAUUCCACUCAGCCAGUUACUUGGGAAACUACUACUCAGGCUGCAAUAACUUCAACACUACCUUUCACACCCACUUCUUUACAAUUUUCAACCACUACAACUGAGAUAAUUGAUUUUACCGCACCUCCAAAUGUUACUUUGAGGCCUAUUUCUGAUACUACUACUGAAAAAUCUACAACAGAAACUAUUGCUACAACAACCAAUGAAAAAGCAGAAGAAACCAACAGAACAUUUUCGGAAGUAUCAUCGACAACUACAAUGCUUCCUACAACGACAAUAUUUUUCACUGAAGAACCAAUUACUACUACUGAAACCACCUUGUCAGCUUCUUUAGAAAGCUUUACAACAACCACUGAAACAACUUUGGGUAUAGACUGUACUCUAUCAGAUAAAAGAUGCCGAAAUGGCGGCACAUGUAUUUUCACUGAAGAUAGACAUCAAUGCUUAUGCCCCUUUGACACCGAAGGAAGCUAUUGCGAAACCAAAUUAGGCAUAAAAAAUGCCGCUUUCAACGGCAACAGCUACCUAUCUCAUCGUUUGCCAGAAAAUCAAAAUAUUUCCAUAGAAUUUGAAGCUAAGACGUUAUCUUCUACAGGGCUUCUCUUCCACGCUCAUUUGGAUAAAAGUUAUAUGGCCUUGUAUCUAGAAAAUGGAUUUUUGAUGUUUAAGUUUUCGUGUGGAUAUCAGACUAUGUUGCUGAGUGAGCUUACAGUACCAGUUAACAAUGGAUUGAUGUUGAGGAUAAGAGCCGACCUUGAAUUUUCCAAAGACUUCAAGCACUGCGAUGCCUCAAUUAAAGUGAAUGAUAGCCUCUCCAUGGCCGGAGAUCAAACGGCUAACAUAGACAUGUUUUCCAAGCAUUUAGCUUGGUUACACUUGGGAGGUAUUCCUAACAGCAUUUUCUAUGAUAACCUUCCUUCUGGAGGCUUUAUUGGGUGCAUGUCCAGUUUAAAGAUAGCAGAAAAAAAUAUAUACAUUUACAAAGAUGCUGACGAUGGAUACGAUAUUUCCGAAUGUUCUUCUUUAGCUUGCCUAUCGAGUCCUUGCAAAAAUGGUGCUUCGUGUAAUUCUGAUGGAGAAAACUGGAUUUGUCAUUGUAGAAAUGGAUAUUUAGGUAAAAUGUGCGAAAUUUCCAUUUGCGAUGACAAUCCUUGUCUCUUCGGAGGCACAUGUAUUCCAUUCUCCAAUAGUGGAUAUAUUUGCUUGUGUCCAUAUGGAAAACAUGGCCAUUUUUGUGAAAAUGAUUUGAAGAUAACAGAGCCAUAUUUUUCCUCAACAGUAAGAGGCCUCUCCUCUUUCGUAGCUUAUCCAUUACCAGACGGAAUAUCUCAAAAAAUGGAAAUAAAAUUUAGAUUCACUCCAACCAUGAUGGAACAAAUUUCUCUCUUGGUUUUCAUCGGACAAAACGGGCAGCACGAUUUUUAUUCUGAUCAUUUGGCUGUCAGCUUUGUUAAAGGCUAUAUUAUGCUGACGUGGAACAUGGGAUCAGGUCCAAGAAGAAUCUUUACAUCGCAACCAAUUGAAAGAGGCGCGAGAGAUUAUUUGGUUCAGUUGGGUUACGACAGCAGAAGAGCCUGGCUUUUUGUUGAUAAUAUGGGAAACGUUACUGGAAGAUCUCCGGGAAAUGCUGUCCAACUGGACAUUAUGCCUUUCCUGUAUUUAGGUGGUCAUGAUUCCAGGAAUUUUUCAACUCUUCCUCACGAUCUACCCCUACACACGGGUUUUUCUGGUUGCAUAUUUGACGUGGAAGUAAGAAUUGGUAGUAUAGUACUUCCCCUUCAAGGUUCUUUGAAGGCUGUUGGUAGAGCAGUUGGCCAAUGUGGUACUACGGAGUGUUAUGAGAAAAGCUGUCAAAAUGGUGGGGCGUGUUUACACCACGGCAGUACCUUCAUGUGUUUAUGUCAGGAUAAGUGGUACGGCCCCCUGUGCUCUUCAAAAAGGAACUUUUGCGAUGCCAAUUUUACAACAUGCGCUGAAGGUUCUAGAUGUGUCCCACUUUUGACGAAUUAUGAAUGUGAUUGUCCUUUUGGAAAAGUUGGAAAAGAUUGUCAAAAAGAUGAGAAUAUUACGGACAUCAGCUUCACAGGAACUCGGUCUUUUUUAUCUACUCAUUCAAUGGACAUCGACAGUUCAAAAUUCAACAUAGAAAUGGAAAUUAGGAUGCUGAAAGAUACUGGAAUUAUAUUGUUUCUUGGCAAGAAAAAGUCUAGUUUUGUAUGUUUAAGCUUACAAAAUGGAUUGUUAGAGCUUAGAGUACAUUCCAGUAAAAUCCGUACAAACAUCAGAGAUCCUGUAACAGUAAGAAGUUCAAAGCUGCUCCUAAAAGGUGUUUGGCACAAAGUACAAUUUGGAGUCUUCGGUAGAAAAGUGUAUCUCUACGUAGACCAUACCAUCAACAUGGGACUCUUGGAUCAUGGAUUUAUGUUGAGUUUGCCCACUGAUAGUGUUUAUUUGGGUGGUCUACCUGAUUUGUCAGAACUACCAAUCACGGCUCAUUCCAAUCACCCGAUUCCUUAUACAGGUUGUCUAAGAUAUUUAUCAAUAAAUGAGCGUAAAAUUCCUCUUACGAGAGAAAAUAUUUUGGACUCAAGGAACGUUAUCGAUUGUGAUGGAACUCCUUGUGGAGGAGAGGCGUGUCUUAAUGGGGGAACUUGUUGGCUAGAUUCGAUUCUUAAUCCGCACUGUUCUUGCUUAGAACCAUAUUAUGGCGAAAAGUGCCAAUUUGUACCACAAUGUACGGAAAAAUCUUGUAAAAACGGUAGAUGCCACAAUUCGACGUGCUCCUGCCAUAUAGGAUUCGAGGGUGGACUUUGCGAGACAGAAAUUGAAGUUAGAACGCCAGCUUUUGCGGGAAAAAGCUAUAUCAUAGUGCACAAACUGGGAGAUAAGAAGAGAGACAUUCGUGAUAUGCAAAUUAAUAAAUUGCACCUGAACUUUACCACUGCCAAAAGUAAUGGACUAUUAGUAUGGUCCAAAAAGGACAAAGACUUCUUUGGUUUGGGAUUAGAAAAAGGUUUUAUUAAAAUCGUUUAUUCAUCUAGCGCUUUACACAAGGGAAUUAUAGAGAUUGUGCCGUAUCUUAGAUUUUCAGACGGACUUUGGCAUAAUAUGGAACUGACAUUGAGCCCGUUGAUUUUGAAAAUUGAUAAUAAAAUCAUAAGUUUGUCAGAAAAUAGGCAGUAUUCGCUAGAGCCUAUAUCGACUAAUGGAAUAUUCUAUAUUGGAGGACUCCCUAAUAGUACCAACUUGAUUAAAGAUACAAAUGGAAUGUUUCCUCAAAGUUUUGAUGGGUGUAUAGAGUCUUUUAGUAGUAAUACCGAUAAGGUUAUUACAGAUUUUACUCCAUUUGAGGGAGAGAAUAUUGAAAGUUGUGCUAAUAAUCCUUAUAACAAGUACUUAAAGAGUCUAAAUGUUGACGGAAAGGAAUAUAAUUACUUUGAUAUACCCUCCUUGGGAGAUCAAUACAAUCGUUUACCAUAUUCCAUCCGUGUCCUUCUCGAAUCUGCAGUGAGAAAUUGUGAUAAUUUCUCAGUAAAAGAGCAAGAUGUGCAAAACAUUCUGAAUUGGGAAAGCCAACAAAAUGUUGAAGGAGGCAUGGAAAUACCUUUCAAACCUGCUAGGGUUAUUUUACAAGAUUUCACUGGGGUUCCAGCCGUAGUCGAUUUUGCUGCUAUGCGAGAUGCUGUCAAAGAUUUGGGAGGCGAUCCAGAAAAAAUCAAUCCCAUUUGUCCAGCGGAUUUGGUUAUUGACCAUUCAAUUCAAGUGGAUUUUACUAGAACGGACGAUGCUUUGCAAAAGAAUGAAGACAUGGAAUUUCAUAGGAAUCAGGAGAGGUUCAUGUUCUUGAAGUGGGGUGCUAAAGCGUUCGACAACAUGCUGAUUGUGCCUCCGGGAAGUGGUAUCGUGCACCAAGUCAACUUAGAGUACCUUGCCAGAGUGGUAUUUACUGGUAAAGAAAAGCCGAUGUUAUAUCCUGACACUGUGGUUGGAACCGACUCUCACACCACCAUGAUAAACGGUCUUGGAGUUGUUGGUUGGGGUGUGGGCGGUAUCGAAGCUGAAGCUGUCAUGCUUGGGCAAGCAAUUUCCAUGUUGUUGCCACAAGUCGUCGGAUACCGGCUACAUGGAGAGUUGAACCAAUAUGUUACUUCCACUGAUUUAGUACUUACAAUUACAAAGAACUUGAGGCAACUUGGAGUAGUAGGAAAGUUUGUCGAAUUCUAUGGACCAGGCGUGGCAGCUUUAUCGAUCGCAGACAGAGCUACUAUUUCCAACAUGUGUCCAGAAUAUGGCGCUACUGUGGGCUAUUUUCCUGUAGACGAAAACGCUUUGGCUUAUUUGAGACAAACAGGUCGAUCAGAAGAGCAAGUUAAACUUAUCGAAGCUUAUCUCAGAACCACCAAGCAACUCCGUAAUUACGCUUCUGAACAAGAAGAGCCGAUUUUCACUCAAACCGAGAGUUUGGAUCUUGCAACUGUGGUGUCAUCUGUUAGUGGACCUAAAAGACCAAACGAUAGAGUAUCCGUAGUUGAUAUGAAGAAAGAUUUCUUGAGUUGUUUGAGCAAUAAGGUUGGUUUCAAAGGUUUCGGCAUCGCACCAGAAAAACUACAAACCACAGCGAAAUUCAUGUUCGACGGCAAACAGUACACCAUAGGCCAUGGCAGUGUCGUAAUUGCCGCCAUCACCUCGUGUACAAACACUAGCAACCCUAGUGUAAUGUUAGGGGCUGGAAUGUUGGCUAAAAAAGCGGUAGAAGCUGGAUUAUCCGUCCAACCUUAUAUUAAAACAAGCUUAUCUCCUGGAUCCGGCGUCGUGACUUAUUAUCUUAAAGAAUCUGGAGUUAUUCCCGCUCUGGAACAGCUUGGAUUCAAUACUGUCGGUUACGGUUGCAUGACUUGUAUAGGAAACAGCGGCGGUAUUGAUGAAAACAUUGCAAACGCCAUAGAACAAAACGACCUGGUCUGUUGCGGAGUUCUUUCCGGAAACAGGAACUUUGAAGGAAGAAUCCAUCCCAAUACCAGAGCCAAUUAUUUGGCUAGUCCCUUAUUGGUUAUAGCCUAUGCUAUUGCCGGAAGGGUCGAUAUUGAUUUUGAAACUGAGCCUCUGGGUAAACGAGCGGACGGUAGGGACGUUUUCCUCAAGGAAAUUUGGCCUACCAGAGAAGAAAUUCACAUAGUUGAGAAGCAACAUGUCAUUCCUGCUAUGUUCAAGGAAGUUUAUUCUAAGAUUCAGACUGGAUCGAAUAAGUGGCAAACUCUUAACGCUCCAACAGGUAAGAAAUGA